AUGACUACUCAACGCAACACCAAGACCCCUGCGUCUCUCGAAACACUACCAGAUGAGCUCCUGCAGCCCAUCCUCGAAACACUCUGCCCCCAUUGCUACGCGACCCGCGACUACCAGCAUAGGAGAGCCCGCGAAGACGGCUUAGAGUCUCUCACCCUCACCUCAAAGCGACUACGCUCCAUUGCCUUGCCCAUCAUGCUUCACAUCCCUGAAAAUCACAUGUCAAAUGAAGGCCUUCACAAGCUCCUCGACAUUGACCCAAGCCUGGGGGACUACAUCAGAGAGUGGGAGCUGCCGCACUACUCGCGCGACGAAGAGAUUUUGAACCCUGCUAUGGAAACUACCCGCAAACUACUGGCAGCAGUCGGCCAGGACUUUGACCUGUUGCAAGCUCAGAAUGAGGGCCUGAGCCUUGAACACUCUCUCGUGGCUGAACUGUUCAUGGUGCGGGCUCCCAAGAUAGAAAGGUUGACUCUUGAGAGAUUCGAUUACAACGACUGGCCAGGAGCAGACCUCAAGUAUCUCGCCAGACGUUUGGGUAAACUUGGUGAUGGCACUGGCUUUGAGAAUGUCCGCCACCUGAGUGUGACGCGACCAUGCAGGACAACCACCUCCCUAACCGACGACCACAUCAUGGCUCUGUUAUGCGUCAUGCCAAAGUUAGAGCAACUAAGCCUGGACUCAAUAAUCGGCUUUCCAGAGUACGAGCGCUUCGAUAUCAACCCCAUCAAACCUGCCCUGCACAAUCUCACAACACUGCGACUCCAAUGGUGCACGUUUGAGGGCACUGCUCCAAACUCCCACUACGGCGCUCUCUGCGAGAUGUUGAAGCAUACUCCAAGCCUCAAGUCUUUUGUCUUCUCUGCAAAUCCCUCUUCUGGCGCCCCUGGAUUUGUUGAUCAUGAUGUUUCCAUAAAGGGCUUUCUCCUAGGACUGCAGCCAGUGGCGAAACACCUGAAGCAUCUCGAGCUGGACUUUUCAAAUACAUGGUGUGAGACCGAGGAAGUCAAGGCACCAAUGCUAGCCAAGUUUACGGCUUUAGAGUCGUUUUACGUCAGUCUAGAGGGCAUCUGCCAGUGUGAUCCACGUUACGGGAACUUCAAAGAGCCCACCUUUCCCCCCUGCACAGCAGACAUCAUCCCUCCCUCGGUCAAACAUCUCAACCUCAUCCUGCAGAAAUCAGAUACGACAGGAUGCUCAAGAUGCAUCAUGGGUAUCGGAAGAAAGGUGGCGGAGGGGGGGUUGCAGAAUCUCGAGACGGUCAAGAUUGUCUACACAGGUUGGAGACCGCAGAGUUUCGAUGAGCCGUAUACUAGUGAUAGGUACGAUGUGGCGGUUCAGAACCUGCAGGACUGGCAUGAGGCGUUUCAAGAAGGCCGAGUGUCUCUACGGUUCAAGAGUGAUAUUUACGAGUGGAUGCGAUAUCACAAGGAGGACGAGUUGGCGUGGAUGGAGGGUACAAUUGAGAAAGACGACUACGACUGGUAG